AUUUCUCGAAAGUAAGAAAGAGCAGAAAGUGUGGCGGACAGUUCGUUCACAUCCACACAGAAACCAACUCCGAAAACUCCUGAAUUAAAGACCUCAUUUAAGCCUCCCGUGACCGGCUGUCUUCUCCGGCUUGUCUGCAGUUACAUGUGAUUUUCCAGUGGGAGUUUAUGAGGGCGGAGCUAAAGACUGCAGAAUAAACAGCUCUCCACUGAAAAAUGAUCAUUGAAAACCUCGAUGCCUUGAAGACGUGGCUCUCGAAGACUCUUGAACCCAUUUGCGAUGCCGAUCCGUCUGCCCUUGCGAAAUAUGUGGUGGCCUUGGUGAAGAAAGACAAAUCCGAGAAGGAGCUGAAAGCACUAUGCAUUGACCAGUUGGAUGUAUUCCUCCAGAAAGAGACGCAGACAUUUGUGGAUAGACUUUUUGAAGCUGUGAAUGCAAAGAGUUACCUACCUCAACCCGAGCAGUCGACUCCUGCAAGCAGACCUGAAACUCACCAGCGCACGGAGAAAGAUGAAGCAAAGAGAGAGGAGCCGCCGAGCCGAGAUGAGGACCGGGAAAAGAAAUUCUCCAGGAGAAUAAACCACAGUCCUCCAUCUAGCUCCAGAUACAGCCGAGACAGCAGGAGAGUAGAUGAUCGCAAGAAAGAUGAGCGCUCCAGGAAACGAGAGUACGAUCGUAAUCUACCCAGAAGAGACUCGUACAGAGAACGAUACAACCGCAGGAGGGAGCGCAGCCGCAGUUACAGUCGCAGUCGCAGCCGCAGCUGGAGUAAAGACCGCACACGAGACCGAGACAGAGAUCGGGACAGAGAGCGAGAUCGCAGCAGAUCACGAUCUCGCACGCGCAGUCGCUCGAGAAGCAGAGAGCGAGAUUCUGGAAAGCCGAAAUACGAGCACAGUCGGCCAGAACGUCCAGAGGGAGCAACCACUGAUGGCUACACCACCACUCCUCUCCCUCCUGGAAACUCCUCAGCUCAUUUCCCAGUGCCCACCCUCAGUAGCACCAUCACCGUCAUCGCCCCCACACACCACGGGAACAACACCACUGAGAGCUGGUCUGAAUUCCCGCAGGACCACACACCCUUCGGCAGAGGCGGCCCACCAAGAAAACGAUGCCGGGACUAUGAUGAGAAAGGCUUCUGCAUGCGGGGAGACAUGUGUCCUUUCGAUCAUGGAAGUGAUCCAGUGGUGGUGGAGGAUGUUAAUCUUCCCAGCAUCCUUCCUUUCCAGCCACCGCCACUUCCUGGAGUGGACGGUCCUCCGCCGCCGGGUCUCCCACCACCUCACGCACUCCUCACUCCACCAGUCAACCUCAGACCACCCGUGCCCCCGCCGGGCACCAUGCCUCCCAGCCUACCCCCUGUAGCAGGUCCUCCUCCUCCUCUUCCUGCUCUUCAGCCGUCUGGAAUGGACGGUCCUCCAAACUCCAUCACUAGUUCUGUGCCCACUAUAGUCACGUCCGGCAUCCGGCCCCCCAUGACCCAGCCUCCACCACCACUGUUCACUUCAGACCCUUUUGAGCCAGACGUGUAUAAUCCAGAAGCCCCCAGCAUGACCUCACGGCCCAUGUACAGACAUAGGGUCAACGCUCAGCGGCCCAAUCUGAUUGGUCUGACCAUGGGAGAGGUGGAUCUCCCACCUAGAGAGAAAAUGUCAAACAGCAACAGUGCUCGGAUAGUCUUAGAGUCCGACUCCAGGAAGAGAGGAGCAGGUCUGCAUGAUUUAGCGAUUCCUCCAAAGAAGCCCUGGUUUGACAAACCAAACUUCAACAAACCCAACCACCACGGCUUUCACAGAAAAGUGCCCUUCCCUUCAGCAAACACCAAACUGGCCAUCGGGCAGAUUCCUCCAGAACUCAACAACAUCAGCAAACUGAACCAACACUUCUGCAAGUUUGGCACCAUCGUCAACCUGCAGGUGGCGUAUAAUAAUAACCCAGAAGGGGCGCUGAUCCAGUUUGCCACCCCUGAAGAAGCCAGACGUGCCAUUCAGAGCACAGAGGCUGUACUGAACAACCGCUUCAUCAGAGUACACUGGCACCGAGCGGACACAGUGGAGCACAUACACCCCAAACCACAUCCGAGUGUCCAGCCUGCCCAGGAGCCUGCAGUGACCGCAUUGAAGCAGUCAGUGAAAGACCGGCUCGGACCCCUGCCCACCGCUCACCCUGAACCUACACCGGCCCCCAGCGGCCCUCCACAGAAUACACUCAAAGCUUCAGUGAAGGAGCGUCUGGGCUUCUCUAAACCACCUGGCCUUGGAGCAAAGGUCUUCUCAACAUCUACUGGUUUGACAAAGACUGUUUAUAACCCAGCUGCUCUCAAAGCUGGCCAGAAGGGGGUGCCAUUUGGUGCCAGUGUCAGUGCAGAAGAUGCUCUGAAAAGGAAACAGGAGGCACUGAAACUUCAGCAGGACGUCAGGAAAAAGAAACAGGAGAUUUUGGAGAAGCACAUUCAGACUCAGAAGCUGUUGAUAUCAAAGCUAGAGAAGAACAAGUCCAUGAAGGCGGAGGAUAAAGCUCAGAUCAUGCAGACGCUCACCAGCCUCACCAACAGCAUCACCAAACUCCAGGAGGAGAUAAAGGGACUGUCCAGUGCAAAUGCCCUCAGGACCACCAUUAAGAGCAAAGCCCAGGCUCAGAAGGAGCUCCUGGACACAGAGUUGGAUCUUUAUAAGAAAAUGCAGGCAGGAGAAGACACUGCUGAACUCAAGAUCAAAUACACACAGCUGCAGUUAGAGGCUGCCAAAAGGGGGCUUCUGACCCCAGGACGUGGGAGGGGGGCCCACAGCAGGGGUCGAGGGGCCCUGAGGAGCCGCGGCCGAGGGAUUCGAGGGCGAGGGAGAGGAGCUCCAACCCAUGCUGUGGUGGAUCAUCGACCCAGAGCUUUAGAAAUCAGCGGUUUCUCUGAGGCUGAUCGAGUCGACCUGCUGCCACACUUCGCACAAUACGGAGAGAUUGAAGACUGCCAGAUGGAGGAUUCUAGUCUUAGUGCCAUCAUAACAUACAAAACCCGCGCAGAGGCAGAACAGGCGGCAAUCCAUGGCGUUCGGUUAAAUAAUCAGGAGUUGCGUUUGGCCUGGCACAAACCCACCACUUCCCUCAACACAACAGACCCAGAUGAGGCUGAAGCCGAGGAUGAGGAGUUUCCAGAUGACUCACUGGUGGACGAUUCCCUGCUCCAGGAUGAUGAUGAAGAGGAAGAGGAUAACGAGUCGCGCUCAUGGCGCAGAUGAAGAUGAAGUCUUCUGCCUAGUCCUGCUGCACUGCACCACUCGAGCACAUCGCAUAUUGAGUUCUGUCUUUUCAAAAUGGUUGUUUUUAAACAUUCUUAUUUACAUUGGCUUUUUUAUUUGAAUUAUUAAUCCUGAGCAGCAAGUAGAAACUGUCUGUCAGAAGGCUGUGAAUUUGAAUAACUGCGAUGUAUAACAACAUGAAUGAUUUGGUUUUUUUACCCUCAUGUAUUAUUUUUCUAUCAUCGAAAAAUUGCCGCUGCAUUUUUUGUUUUUGUUGUUUUAAUGGUCAGUUUGCUGACCCAAAUUUUCUUUGAACAUUUCUGACAAUGUUACAGUUUGAGACAAAUAUGGGGUGUAUUACUAUUUCAAAGACCACAGUAGAUCAUUUUCGAACCAUUGUUAUAAACCGUCGUUCGCUUUCCUUAGUAUUAUCAGCCUAACGAGGAUGUAGCUUUUGUGUACAUAUAUUUUGUGUAUGAAUUUUAAUGGUUUGUAUGAAUUCUUUGCUUCUGGAUUCAUCUCCUGGGUUUAAUUUUGAAAUGUAAAAAAAUAAAAAAAAUUGAAAUGGUCUCGAAAAAAUAUCAGCUGAAAAAAAAGAAGAGAAAAAAUAUAGAGAUCUCUGCUGCAAAAGCAGUAUUGAGAACAAACAAACAACAACAAAAAAAAAACUGAACAGCUGAAUACAAAGACCAUUUCAACCCCCAACCCCCAAUCUUCACAAAAAGAGCAAAUUUCCUAAAUCCAUCACACACUUCACAGCACCAACAGGUAAGCAUGUAGCGUAGUGUUGUCACGAUACUGAAACUCAGUACCAAUCAGUACUGAAAUUUUAAAAACGUCAAUUUCAUUCGAGCGAGUUCUUAAACACUGCUGAUUGGCCAUUGUGUUCACGUGCUCAACAGAAAUGACUGGGAUUGUCCUUGAAGGUCAUCAGUUCACCGAACUCGGCGUUGUUUACUCAGUGUAACCACAGAUAGAGGGACACUGGAGCAUUUCAAAGUCACGUCGAUCAGCUGGUUUGUCUAUAAGCUGACAUACGAGCGGUCCGCUGACAAAUUGCAGCUUUAAAAUGCUCCAGUGUCCCUGUAUCUUAUGAAUGUGCUCAACGCCGCUCAAAUGAUGGAUUGGUACCAAAUUCCAGUAUCGUGACAACCCUAAUAUGUAGCAUGAGAAGCAGAAAAUGAGGUAAGCAAAGUGUUUUAACUUUUUAUUUAGGUCAUCUUCAUUGGCGUCUAUUCUAACCAUUGUGUGUUUCUGCCCUUUAGGUUAUGCAUGAUGAUGCGGAGCAGUACAAUGAUUGCAGAUGAAGCUUCAACAACAUCAGAUCCCAAAAUACAUCAUACCAGCCUACCUGUUACCAGCUUUGGCUACUUCUAUUUGAAACCUCUUUGGUAUCAGCAUCAAAUUUGCAUAACAGCGAACAAAUUAUCCAAUCAGAGCGGAAGCAGUUGAUUCGACUCUUCCAUCAUGCACCAUAGUAAAGUUUAGCUCAAGCAGUAAACUCAGUGUGGAACUGCAUCUCUGGGCAUUAGGUCAUAUAUAAUGAUGCAAUGGCGAUGAAAUUAUUAUGGGGGAACCUUCACCUACAUUGGAUCACCAAAUGCUUCAUAUCUACUAAGCCUUAUAAAUCAGUAUGAUCUUCAUGAUUGUCUAUUUUUCAUGGGACAUUUUGUUUUUAACUGUCUGUGAAAUCAAGCUGCAGGACACUUAAACUGUUUUGGCAAUAUUUUUUAACACUUUGUUGUUGCUAACUGUCACUCCCUUCAUCAUAAAUUAACCAAUCAGAGCUCAUACAGUAUAAUCUGUGUAUCUUUGUUCACUUUUGGCCUAUCUACAUUUAUUUGCUCCAAUUGUGACAUACCUAUUUUUUGCACGA